GUCAGCAGCGGACAUGGUCUCAAAUGGUAAAUGUCGCAAUGUCUGACUUUAGGGUACUUUCAGACGCGAUCUCCUUCCUAACGAUCUACCUAUAUUUAUCAAGUUUUGCCCACGAAGACCCACGAGCCAACGGACGCGGAUGAUUAAUUUGGUGACAUUUGAAGUAUAUAACGACCAAUUCUGGAUGAUCACUACGUGAUACAAUCUAUGUGCUUUCCGGGCAAACGUCAAAAGGACAAUUUCGACGACGCUAUAAAGGCUGAGCCGAAAGCAGCCUCACCUUCAUCCCAACCUUCACCUCCUUCCACAUCUACCACUAAAUCAUCUCCUCCCGCAAUGGCUCCUAAAGUUGCUAUCGUUAUCUACACCAUGUACGGCCAUAUCGCCAAGCUGGCCGAGGCUGUUAAAGAGGGUGUCAAGACCGCCGGAGGGGCCGCCACCAUCUACCAAGUUCCUGAAACACUCUCUUCCGAGAUCCUUGGCUUGUUGCAUGCACCAGCGAAGCCUGAUUACCCUAUAAUUACCCCCGAGAUCCUCGCUUCGUAUGAUGCCUUCAUCUUUGGUAUUCCUACACGUUUCGGAAACUUCCCUGGCCAGUGGAAGGCGUUCUGGGACGCCACCGGCGGUCUUUGGGCCAAAGGUGCGCUCGCUGGCAAGUAUGCCGGUCUGUUCGUCUCUACUGCUGGUCUGGGAGGAGGACAGGAAGCCACCGCCAUCGCUUCUCUCUCGACUUUGGCUCACCAUGGUAUUAUCUACGUCCCUCUCGGAUAUGCCAGCGUGUUUGGUCAAUUAACAAACAUCUCGGAGGUUCACGGUGGUUCGCCCUGGGGUGCAGGAACCCUUGCAGGUGGUGACGGUUCCCGCCAACCCUCUGCUCUUGAGCUUGAGGUUGCUACUAUCCAGGGCAAGACCUUCUACAGCACUGUUGCAAAGGCUUUCCCUUAAUUAUAGACAAGUACUUAGAAUAUGUGAAAUGUAUUAUAAACGUUUUCACCUGAUUGGUGAAGAAGCGCUUCGAUAUCGUAAAGACGUUCAUCGUUUAUAGGCUCUUGUCAAAGAUUUAAUUGUCCACAAUGGUUAAAAAAGAAAGCUGGUAAAUACUAAAUUAGUCCAAGUGAA